UUUGACUGUCAUUUCUCAUAGUUUAAUUUUUCAUUUUAUAAAUCGUUUUUUAAUUAUUUUUUACUGUAUAGUUUAAGUUAUAAAAUGCAUAUUCGCUUGUAAACGUCUGAAACAUUCUGCAAUGUUUGCAUUUCUUUAAAUUCGGACUGACAUAGGAAAAUUAAAUAUCAAAUCUAAAUUUUACCACAGAUCUAAAAUUAGGAUAUAGAAUCUAAAUGCAAAUAUCCGAAUCGAAUAUGUCUGGAAAAACUACUAUCAAAGGUAAUCCUUCGCAAUAUGUAAAGCUCAACGUUGGAGGUUGCUUGCACUACACAACUAUUGGUACUCUUACGAAGCAAGACACCAUGCUCAGGGCCAUGUUCAGUGGCAGGAUGGAAGUCCUAUCGGAUUCGGACGGUUGGAUUCUCAUUGAUAGAUGCGGGAAGCAUUUCGGUACCAUAUUGAAUUUUCUUAGAGACGGCAGUGUUUCUCUUCCCGAUUCUACCAAAGAAAUAGCGGAGCUCCUGGCAGAAGCGAAAUAUUAUUGUAUAGCUGAAUUAGCGGAAUCGUGCAACAAAGCUCUUACCAAGAAAGAGAGAGCAGAACCAAUUUGUAAAGUACCAUUAAUAACAUCUCAAAAAGAAGAGGAAGACUUAAUUAGUUCCACUACUAAACCUGCUAUAAAGUUGCUUAUUAAUAGACAUAACAAUAAGUAUUCAUACACGACAGCUUCUGAUGAUAAUUUAUUGAAAAACAUCGAACUGUUCGAUAAAUUGAGCUUGUGGUACAGCAACAGGGUUUUAUUUCUGAAGGAUGUUAUUAGUACUAGCGAGAUUUGUUGUUGGGUUUUCUACGGACAUGGCAAAAAGGUUUCUGAGGUAUGUUGUACUUCUAUAGUAUAUGCCACUGAUAAAAAGCACACCAAGGUCGAAUGUCCCGAGGCCAGAAUAUACGAGGAGACAUUGAAUAUACUUUUAUACGAAAGUCGAAACGCCCCUAAUCAGGAUUUAAUGCAGGCAACAUCUACUCGAGGUGCUGUAACUAUGUCAUCUUAUACCAGUGACGAAGAGGAAGAAAGAACAGCUCGUUCUUGAAACCGUGAUGAUAUUUAAUUGUUUUGCUUUAUUUAUAAAUCGCUCUAAUUUAUUUUAUAGAAUCUUUAUUAUCUAAUCAAUUGUAUCUAAUUUAGCUGUGAUUUUAUUUUAGUACUACUCAUUUUCAUUAGGUAUUUUUAACGUUAUAGGUAUUUCUUAUAAUUUUGAUUGUACCUAGGCGAAUAUGAAUUAAAUUGUUUUUUUUAUUAUACAUACAAUUGCGGAGAGUAUAGUUUUUGGGUAUCAGACGUAUGUAUAAAAGUAUUGGCUCGCCCUGUUCUUAAGUUAGUUUUGGUGUUUUAGUCUUUUGUAUGGAAGAAAUUGAACAGCAAAAUUUAAUAUUUUUUUAAAAUAAAAAAUGUAAACUAUGAGUAUAAUACAUUCUCUACCUAAAUAACUACUAAGCAUUUAUUUCUGUGGAAUCUAUAGGAUCACCUUCGAGUUGUAGCCCCGUAAAGGAUUCUUCUCUGCUUGUUCUGAUAUUUCUGUUGAAUGAAGGAAGUUGAGAUUUUCUAAUGUUCACCGUUUUUCUUCUGUUUUCUAUUAGAGCAAUACUCUUUCUCGGAAUAUGUUCUGAACCUAAAAAAUACCAAAUACGGCUUAAAUUAACGAUUUCAAAUAAUGCGAUAGGUAUUAAUCCACGAUAAAAAAAUAAAUUGUAAGUAAUAUAAAAUCAGUUGUUACAUGCCUUUGUAAUUUUCUGAGGCAAUGCGGCUCAACCGUUUGUAGAAAGCUUGAUCCAAAUCGUAAAUUACAGGUUUUGCUUUCUUUUCUCUCUUCAUGGCAUAAAAGUAAGUGGUGUUGCGUCUACCGACUGGAACAUCCUCUUCGUCAUCGUAAUCUUCGUCAAUUCCUUGCAAUCUACACAUUUUCAUUAUUAUUUUGUUGAAAUACAACAAUAUUACCAUAGUACACUUACUAGUCGAAGUAACUGUUACAGAUGGAGUAUUGUUUGUGUAGUCACAAAAUAGUAGUAACAGUACUCCAUCUGUAACAGUUACUUUGACUAGAAACUGUUACUAGUUCCAGUCAAAACUAAAACGGGAAUAGUGACUAAUAAAAUAAAAAUGCAAGAUUUCAAUCUUAUUUCGUUCCUGUUCAUCAUGCUUCAAAAUUGGUUUGAAUAACCGGCAUAUUUAGGUAUUUUGAACAGCACUUAGUAACGAAUUUGAAUUUACCUGAUCAUUUCUUUAAUUAUUUUAACAGGAUUGCUCUCUAAAAGUUUUUCUUCGUUUGUGUUAUUAUCCUUAUCUCGUCUGAGAAAGUUGAAAUUUAUUAUCGUGUUGGACAUGAUUUGACUGAAAGUUCCGAAACGAUGGAUAAACAUCGCUAUGAAUUGAACGAACAUUAGACCGGCGAAGGCGAUCAGAAAAACGAAUCCGAUCGGUUGAAGUUCGAGGUAGGUUUUUUGUAUUAUAAUCUAAAAUUAUAACGUUUGUGACCGAUUAUUUAAUGUGAAAUAAUAAUAAAUUACCUCGUUUUCGUCGUGAAUGUAGGUGAAAUUUACUUUCGGAGCGAUUGGCCAAUCAAGAUGAAUUAUGUCUUGUUGGAUGUUGAGUAGAAAAAUCACCAAUACGAAUAGUGAAUUUAACAUGAAAAAUGUUAACACCAUUUUAUCCCUUAGAUCUUUUAAAUCUUUUGCUAGUUUUGUCUAAAAUUUAAACGGUAAAAACAAUGCGGUUUUUUUAUAAUUCACUCACUUUUUGACUUUUCGUUUCCGCCUUUGGUUCUAAGUACAUCAUUAUGAAUCUCUCCCAAAAUUUCUUUUCCUCUUUAUUAAUAAAAUCUACACGACUGUUUAUUAGCUCCCCUGUGUAGUACCACUUGUUACCUUCCAGUUCCUCGGAUGCAGUAUAAAUGGAGUCAUCAUCAUCAUCUUCGUUAUUGCCCGCAUCUGAUUCCAAAACCUUUUGCAUCGUCGGCUUAGCAGAAGCUCUAAAGGUACAUUGUAGGGCGAUAUUUUACAAAAUUUAAUGUAUUUGUUGUUAAAUUUACCGAGAUGCUCUCCUUCCAACGAAAUGUUCCGUGUUUUUGGUAGUUCUUCGUCUUUCUGGUACAUCGUUAUUUUCUAUGUCGUCUAAUUUUUUUUGCAGCUGUUGUAGGGAUAAUUGAAUAUUGCGCAGUAUUUCUUUUUCUUGACUUUUUCCAUCGAAUGUACAACACAUUAAUUUGAAGAGUCCUCCGAAGGAGAAUUCCAUCGAUCCGGUAUUGUGAUUAUCACUUCCUAGGAAUGAUAAUAGGCCGUUUUGUUGCGGUGCUGCUUCUUUCACAUCAUCCUCUUCCUCCUCUUUCUCUUCUUCGUCCUGUAAUUAGCAGUACGGAUGUUAGAAAAAUAACUUAGUAAGCAUAGGAAGGUUUAUAUACCUGUUUUGCCACAGUAACUUCACGAGUGCCCCACGACACAUUGUUCAUAUUAAACACGGAAUAAAUGACUAACAGCAUGUACAUGCUGGGUACAGUAACGUAGUAGAUUAUUCCGUACUUUAAACAAUAAAAUUCUUGGGGGUGCAUUAAGGCACUGAUUAUGAAUUCGCCUGCUGUAGCUAAAAGGAAGAGAGACGAGGGGGCCAGCCAACCGUCGCUUUCUAUUUGAAUCAUUAUACCGACGAACACCGUCAUCAUUAUCAAACCGUAUAAGGCGCUUAUUAUUCCGGCGAAAAAGAGCUAAAAUCAGCAUGUAUUAGUUUACGAAAAAUAUUAUGAAAGCUUAGUUACCUGUGUAUCAGAUUUGCAAGUUGCGCAAACGAUAAUAAAUAAUAAUAAUGGCACAAUGUUUAAUAGCAAGCUGUAGUAUUGCGAAAUUUUGAAAGCUGCCACGAAAGCUCCAACUAACAUAAGGAAAAUUGUUCCGGGCCCGAUGGCUGUGCCUAUCAUCAAUACUACCUAUGUAUAUUUAAAUAAAAUAGAAUACUAAAGAUAAAAAUAUAUGUUAUAAUAACCUGAUAUAAAAUGUAAAGUCUAGAAAUAUUGUUGUUGAUCUUGACGAUAUGCUUAUAAUCCAAUAGUAAAUCCAUGAUGUUCGCAGUAGUUGAUGGCAUCCACCGUCGUCUUUGGUUAUAAAACUCGUUGAAACCUUCUGGGCAAUGAGUGUAAGCAUCUGAAGCCGCCGAAUAUUCUACGCGGUACCCUCUUUGCAAUAACAACGUGCAUAGCCAACGAUCCUCUCCUAAAAGUAAUAGUAAUUUUGAAAUGUUUCUCUUCUUUAUUAGUUCUUUGCCAAGUUCCUUACCUUGAUCGUACUGUACAUAAUGCCUUGCUUCGCUAGAUUCCGUUGUGUAUUUGGCCAUGACGUUUUCAUCCAUCAGAGCUCCCGCUCUGAAUAACGAAAAACAACCUGGACUGCAAAGUACGCAGCCUAUUACGUGCUCGGUGGCCUUCUGAAGCCAGUGCCCUACUGCGUAUUCGAAAAUUUGAUACCAAGCCAUAGCACCGGAUCCUACAGGAUGGAUUCGACCACAAGCGGCUCCUAAUUUUUGAAAACCAGCCGGUAAGAGCGACAAUUUAUUAUUCACUUACACUCACCCAAAGCUGGAUUUUUCUUCAUGUAAUCCACCAGAAGUUGAACGGAUUGAGGUUGAAAGUCUAUGUCACCGUCCAAAGCGAGUAUGUAGGUGUUCUUACACAAAUUUUUAAUAUUUUCUGGAGUGUAUUUAUCGUUAUCCAUAAUUCUGUUAUAACAUUAACGUUUUGAAUACCAGUAUUAGAACAGUUUAUUAUAUCGUACAUACCUGUAGCCUAGCAGAUAGUACAUGUACAUAACUUGAGACCAUCUUUUUUUCCUGCGUAUUUUGGCCGCGUCUUUCAAAUGAGCGAUCAUUUUAGUUCGGCCGGGAAGAGUCCAUUCCAAUCUUCCGCCAUAGGGUGUCGAAUAAAGGACAGGAGCCUUAAUUUUUACGUUUACCUUGUGAACUUUACUCGCUGCAUCGCUGACUGAAUUGACAAGAUCCAAAACGUACUGGUUCACAUCCGGGUCGUUAUCCUGUGCGGAUUUUCGUAUAAAAGCGUCAUCGAAGAAAAUAUGCG